UACAUGUGUGCGGCAUAAAAACUAACCCUACCCAUAGUCCAUGUGACAGAUUAGAUCAUUGGUUGACAGAAAUCAGCUGUUGACAAACAUAGAGUAACCUAAAACCCCAUUCGAAUUCUAAUAUGAGUUCGGAGGAGUUUAAGAAAGAAGUAAAAAAAAAAAAUUGUAGAAGUAAAGGCGCAAUAAUACGCAGCAAAGAGCGUGAAGUUAUAAAAUCUAUAAUUGAAUUUUGUGAUCAAGAGGCUAAGCAAAAAUCUCUCCUUGUUCCUCUUCGACAGGCUACUAAAAGGGCAGCUAAUUAUGCCAAGGUUUCCGAAAGAACUGUCAAACGAAUAAGGGAGGAAAAUAAAUUAGGUUUAGAAUUUGGAGAUGAUUAUAAUUCAUCGCAUACCAAAUGGUGCAGAGUAGCAAGAGUAACAAUGAAAUUUGCCAGCAAUUUAUCAUUUAUGUUUGGAGAGAGUCCAAUCAUAACGGAAAGGUACUUACUGGCAAAGCAAGCUGGUUUCAAAGCAGUCGAAACAGGAUUUCCUCUGGGAUUUUCGGUUCAGGAAGUUGCAGAUGCUAGGAGUAAAGCCGAUGUCAAGCAAAUCCUCAUCAAUAUUUUUACCGGUGAUGUGACCAAGGGAGAAUUGGGCUUUACCGCUAUACCUGGAAAAGAAGAUGAAUUUCGUAAAAGUCUUGGCCUUACAAUCGAGUAUGCAAAAGCUCUUGACUGUAAAAAGAUCCACAUAAUGUCUGGGAAGGUAGAGUCACCUACUGAACUCAAUGAUUCAACUUAUGAAAGCAACUUAAGAUACGCUGUCGAAAAGCUUCAGACCGAGGAUAUCAUUGCUCUAAUUGAACCAAUAAACAACAUCACAGUACCAAACUAUUACUUGAACAACUUCGACAAAGCUCUAGAAAUAGUCAAGAAAAUAAACAGCCCACAUCUAAGAUUGAUGCUGGAUCUUUUCCAUUUGCAACACGCACGUGGCAAUAUUACACGUACUAUCAAGGAAUACCUUCCAUACCUUGGUCAUGUGCAAAUAGCACAAGUGCCAGACAGACACGAGCCAGAUACCGCUGGCGAAAUAGACUAUAGGUAUAUAUUUUCACUUUUGGAGAAAGAAGGGUACAACGAUUACAUCGGUUUGGAAUACAAACCGAAAGCUGGCUCUGCCGAAGGUUUGAAAUGGAUAAAAAACUUCGGUUAUACUUUAUAAAUCAUUUAGAGAAAUAAAACUUGUAAAUACGAAUGGGAUAUUUAGAAAUUAUAUCUUAAUAUACAUAACAUGAUGUAUUUCGUUCUUAAUAAAUUACUUGUCGAUACGUGAA